UGUUUUAUUUAGUAUUUGGUUUAAACAGCUGAUCGCAACGAGGCGACUCGGACUGUGCUUGCCAUCCAGCUAUCAAAAGCGUCUGCUGGUCUCAAUAUGAGAGAAAAACACACGACCACUGAAAGAGCUUUGUAGUUUCACGCUGUCAUGGAUGAGGAGUUUGAGAGGCACUGCUCGGAGCUGGUCGCCCGGGAGAGGAGCGGACACACGGCGGUGGUGGAGAGCAGCCUGCUGUACGUGUGGGGAGGAUACAUGUCGAUUGCUGAAGACGAGGUGUUUCUACCCAGCGAUGAGAUCUGGGUUUAUGACUUGGAGGGAGGUACAUGGAGAGUGUUUCACAUGGAAGGAGAAGUCCCUCCCUCCAUGUCGGGGACCUGCGGCAGCUCCCUGGACGGACACUUGUACAUAUUUGGAGGUUGUGAUGACAAUGGACAAACCAAUCAAAUUUACUGUGUGGACCUGACCGACGGUAAAUAUACGUGGAGGAAGAUCAUGCAUGAGUUUGGUUCUGCACCAUCACCUCGAGACAAAUUAUCCUGCUGGGUUCAUGGUGGGAGACUCAUCUACUUUGGUGGAUAUGGCCACAAACUGUUGACUGAUGUUGACAGCAGAAACAGAAGCUUCAUCAUAGACGAAACAUCAUGGGUUGAAGAUGUUUUCUGGGGCUGGAACAAUGAAGUUCAUGUAUUUGAUCCUGCACAAUCCACAUGGAGUGAACCAAAAAUCCAGGGCCGCGCUCCCGCUCCGAGAGCAGCCCACGCCAGCGCCACCCUGGGCUGUAGAGGCUACGUCUGUGGAGGUAGAGUCAUGGAAACCAGGACAAGUGACAUCCAUUGCCUAAACCUUGAAUCGUGGGCAUGGUCAGAAAUAGUCCCAGAUUCCUCCAUUCCAGUGGGAAGGUCCUGGCAUACUCUCACAGCAGUGUCAGAUACCGCCCUCUUCCUAUUUGGAGGUCUCAGUGUGGACUGCAAACCCAUGAGUGAUGGCUGGUUGCUCGACACUGAAACAAAGAAAUGGACAGAAUUUGAGCACCCUUUUAAGAAUAAACCAAGGUUGUGGCACACUGCGUGUCCGGGGAAAGAUUCAGAUGUCAUCGUGUUUGGCGGAAGCUGCGACUACAUCCUGCUGGUCGACACUGGCCACUGCAACGAUGCACUUGUUUUCCAGAUGCAGCCAUAUCCUCUGUUUAGGAUUUGUGAGGAUUACAUCGCGAAGGACGUGAGAAACUCGGAGAAGCUCAGAAACCAGCUCCCUCUUCUGCCUCCCAAGCUGCAGAAGGCAGUUCAGAAGAGGAUGUCUUUCUACAGGCCUUCAAAGAAGCCAAACCUGAGUUAAAAAAAACAACAAGAAUGCCAACAACAGUGCAAUAUCAAACACUUACUUUUACCAUAAAAGUACUUAAUAGGUACUGCACUGCCUCCAGCAAACUUUGGUUUGAACAUUAUUUUUUUUACAUAUAUAUUGUGCAAAAAAAUAUUUAAUGUAGCUGUAUUUUAUUGUUUUACAAAUGCACAUUUUAUUUUGUACAGUCUUUAAUGUGAAACAUUCACUAACACAGAUGGCUCAUGAUUAAAAGGCACUUCGAAAG